AUGGGUACGAAGGAGUUUGCGGAUGGCUUCAAGAAGACGCUGGCUUUCCGGUGCGCUCCAUCAAGCAGAACAGAGUCUCGCCAGGUGGCCAUGUUGAACAUUGGUCUGGAAGACACAGUCGCGUACUACACGGUUGAGGACUUUGCGGCUGGCUUCAAGAAGACGCUGGCCUUCCAGACAUGCGUUUUCAAGCAGGACACAGUCGCAUACUACACGGUAAAGGAGUUUGCGGCUGGCUUCAAGAAGGGCUCGUCAGCAGAGGGCAUCUGGAUCAUUACGCGGAAAGCUGGCACAUACUUCACUUCACCCGAUGUGCUGGCGUUCAUGGGCUUGAGUCGCACGCUGUGUAAGUUGGCCAUGUUGAACAAUGGUAUGGAAGACACAGUCGUGUACUACACGGUUGAGGAGUUUGCGGCUGGCUUCAAGAAGACGCUGGCAUUCCAGACGUGCGUGUGCAAGCAGAACAGCGGCUCGGACAUGCUGGCCAUGUUGAACAUGGUUCAGGAGGACACGCUCGAAGUCUUGCCGAGCCGCACGCCACCGAGCAGAACUGAGGUGGCCAUGUUGAACUUUGUUUCGCAAGACAUGUUCGCAUGCUACAUGUUAGAGGAGCUGGCGGUUGGCUUCAAGAAGAUGCAGCCUUUCCCGCUGAGCAGUUCCUGA